GUCUUCAUUGCUGCCUCACAUAUUUUCUUAUGCAACCGAUGAGAUUCACCUUCAAAUGGUUUCACCAAUAGUUCGGUCUCCUUUUCCGUUUCCCAACAUACUUUUCAGCCAUUGAUUUCAUGUACUACUACAAUUUAGUAACACUUAUCAUCUAAAUUUAAAUUAUUUUCUGCAGAUUGCAUCAUGUUGGUAAGAUCCACUACAUAUUCUAGUAUCUGCAAUUUGUCUCUCAAACCUUGUAAUUGAGGAAGCCCAACUUCUAAACCAGCUGCAAAAAAAGAAGUUUGAUAUUCUCAAAUUUCAAAAAAGGAUUGCAAGAGAAUUAAAAUUGAAGCCAGAGGAUCAUGAGAAUGAAACCGAGCUUGCAGGAUUGAUUUCACAAAAGUUGAGGCAAGGCAACUCUGUGCUAAUUCUAGAUGAUGUGUGGCAGCAAUUUUGUCUAGAAGAUGUUGGAAUUCCAAUUCUAGAUGGAAAUAAUGGUUGCAAGUUAGUACUCACGACGCGGUUACAAGAUGUUGCUCGUGCAAUGGAUUGUGAGGUGAUCAUGGUGAAUCCUCUUCCAGCUAAUGAAGCAUCAGCAUUAUUCUUGGAGAAAGUUGGAAGUGAUGUGUUUUCAGAUGGCAAAAUUAAAAGAGAUAUAGAGCCAUUUUUGAAGCAAAUUUUGCAGAAAUGUGAUGGAGUACCCCUUGCUAUUGUGACAGUGGCAAAAUCAAUGAGAGGGAAAUCACUUCCUGGUCAUUGGAAGUUGACACUUUCUGAAUUUAGUAAAUUUGAAAGCAUUGUUGAUUGUUUGAAAUUCAGUUAUGAAUGCCUAGAACCACAAUGCCAGGCGUGUUUUUUAUAUUGUGCAUUAUAUCCUGAAGAUUAUGAUAUCCCAAAGAACGAGUUAAUUGAGUAUUGGAUUGAGGAGGGGCUUAUAUAUAAAGAAGGGAAAACUAGGGAGGCAAUGAAUUGGAAGGGUCAUGAUAUACUCGAUAUGCUAGUUGACAGCUGCUUGUUGGAAUCAGUUGAAAAGUUAUACAUAAAAGGAUACAGAAAAUUACAUGUGAGUAUGCAUGAUCUUCUCCGAGAAAUGGCACUGGAAAUCAGUCCUCAAUUCUUGGUGAAAGCUGGCAUGGCCUUGGAAAAGCUACCAGAGGAGCAUGAAUGGAGUGAAGAUCUUUUGAAGGUUUCUUUAAUGAGGAAUUACAUAAAAGAAAUUCCUUCAAGCAUGCCUUCUCCAAAGUGUCCUAUGCUUACAACCUUGCUGUUGUCCAAUAACAGGAUUUCAACAAUUCCAGAAGCUUUUUUUGAGCAUAUGCUUGGGCUCAAGAUUAUUGAUCUUUCCAAUAAUCAUGAGCUAAGUAGGCUGCCGACUUCUGUUUCCAAAUUGGAGAAGCUUACUACAUUAUUGCUGGGGAAUUGUAAGUCCUUAAGAGAGGUACCAUCUUUAUCCAACCUUGUAGGCUUAAAAAAGUUGGACCUUUCCUGGACAUUAAUUGAACAACUACCCCAAGGCCUCAACAUAUUAACAAAUCUAAAAUAUCUUGGUCUUGGUGGAAGAUUAUCUGAAACACUUGAUGAACAGCUACAAAAUCUCUCCAAACUUCAGCAUUUACUAGUAAAUGCUUAUCCCGAUGCUGAAACAGAAUAUAAAUGGGAGACGAUUGGAAUUUGGGGGAAGCUUCAAAACCUUGAGAAGCUGGAUCUUCGUUGUUUGGAUAACUUGAAUAUGGUGUUUGGGGAAGUAGGAGCAGUUGCUGAGUCAGCACCGCUACCAGCUGGCACAUUUUCCUCUCUUCAAUAUAUUAGUGUUUGCGGAUGUCGUAAACUAAAGAUGGUAUUCUCAGUUAGGUGGUUGGGAUAUCUCCAGAAGCUACAGACUAUUUAUGUUAAUAAUUGUGAGCAAUUGGAGGAGAUAAUAGGGUCUAAAUUUGAAGAAGGAGAACAAGUCACUCUACCCAAGUUAGAAAGCUUGACAUUGAUGUUUUUGCCCCAAUUGAAGAGCAUCUGCAGUAGUUCUAGUACUGUUUUGAUUUGUGAUUCCAUCAAGGAGAUUGAAAUUUACAGUUGCGACAAUAUAGAGAGUGUUUUCUGGUCAGGGUUCAACCCACUUCCAAAUCUUGAAUAUCUAAAACUUUCCCGUUUACCGAAUCUGAAAUACGUGUUUGAUGAAGGUGGUCUUGGUUUAUCGCCAUGUGUACCUCCCACAAGCUUUUUCUCUCUUAAAGAAGUUAGGGUAAUUGAGUGUAAUCAAUUAAAGAAGGUAUUCUCAUCUGGAUGGCUGCUCCGCUACUUCCAAUCUCUACAAACUAUUGAGGUUUCAGAUUGUAAGGAAAUGGAGGAGUUGAUAUCGUCAUUGGAUCAUGAAGGAGAAAAAGUCACUCUACCCAAGUUAGAAAGGUUGGAAUUGACCAAAUUGCCCCAAUUGAAGAGCAUCUAUAGCGGUUCUUUGAUUUGUGAUUCCAUCAAGAAGAUUGUAAUUUUUCUAUGCGAAAAUAUAGAGAGUGUUUUUUGGUCAGGGUUCAACCCACUUCUAAAUCUUGAAUAUCUAGACCUUUCUUGCGUACGGAAUCUGAAAUCUUUGUUUGAUGAAGAAGGUCUUGGUUUAUCGCCACUUGUACCUCCCACAAGCUUUUUCUCUCUUAAAGAAAUUAGGGUUUUUGGGGGUCAUCAAUUAAAGAAGGUAUUCUCAUCUGGAUGGUUGCUCCGCUACUUCCAAUCUUUAGAGACUAUUAAGGUUAUAGGCUGUUCCCAAAUGGAGGAGCUGAUAUCGUCAUCGACACAUGAAGAAGAAAAAGUCACUCUACCCAAGUUACAGCGUUUGGAAUUGAGAGGAUUGCCCGCAUUGAAGAGCAUCUGCAAUCGCUCCAGUGUGUUGAUUUGUGAUUCCAUCCACCGUCUGUGGAUUUCCGACUGUAAGAAGCUAAAGAGGAUUCCUCUGAAUUUUCCCUUGCUUGAUAAUGCCCAAUUAUCUCAUCCUCCUUCCCUCAAAGAAAUUGAGGUAUGGCCAAAAGAAUGGUGGGAAUCAUUGGAAUGGGACCAUCCCAAUGCAAAAGACAUCCUUUUUCCCUUGUGUAAAUUUGAGCGGUGAUAGGGCGCAC